CAAAAGCGGCGCGGGGCGGCGGCGCGGCCGGUCGGGCCAUGGCUGCGACGGGGCGGCCGCCGAGCUCCGCCGGGCUCCGCGAGCACCUGCACGCCGCCACCCGCAGCUACGCCGGCAGCGCCCGGCUCACUUACAGGACCGUGUGCGGUGUCAACGGGCCCCUCGUGGUGCUGGACAACGUCAAGUUCGCCCAGUACGCCGAGAUCGUGAACUUCACGCUGCCCAACGGCACCAGCCGCAGCGGCCAGGUCCUGGAGGUGGUGGGCUCCAAAGCCAUCGUGCAGGUGUUUGAGGGGACCUCGGGGAUCGAUGCCAAGCAGACCACCUGCGAGUUCACCGGGGACAUCCUCCGGACGCCGGUGUCCGAGGACAUGCUCGGUCGGGUCUUCAACGGGUCCGCGAAGCCGAUCGACAGCGGUCCCCCGGUGAUGGCCGAGGACUUCCUCGACAUCAACGGGCAGCCCAUCAACCCCCACGGCCGCAUCUACCCCGAGGAGAUGAUCCAGACCGGCAUCUCGCCCAUCGACGUGAUGAACAGCAUCGCCCGGGGGCAGAAGAUCCCCAUCUUCUCCGCCGCCGGCCUCCCCCACAACGAGAUCGCCGCCCAGAUCUGCCGCCAGGCCGGGCUGGUGAAGAAGUCCAAGGACGUGAUGGACUACCACGAGGACAACUUCGCCAUCGUCUUUGCCGCCAUGGGGGUGAACAUGGAGACGGCCCGCUUCUUCAAGGCGGACUUCGAGGAGAACGGCUCCAUGGAGAACGUCUGCCUCUUCCUCAACCUGGCCAACGACCCCACGAUCGAGCGCAUCAUCACGCCCCGGCUGGCCCUGACCACGGCCGAGUUCCUGGCGUACCAGUGCGAGAAGCACGUGCUGGUGAUCCUGACCGACAUGAGCUCCUACGCCGAGGCCCUGCGGGAGGUCUCGGCGGCCAGGGAGGAGGUGCCCGGGCGCCGCGGCUUCCCCGGCUACAUGUACACCGACCUGGCCACCAUCUACGAGCGGGCCGGGCGCGUGGAGGGCAGGAACGGCUCCAUCACGCAGAUCCCCAUCCUCACCAUGCCCAACGACGAUAUCACCCACCCCAUCCCUGACCUGACCGGCUUCAUCACGGAGGGGCAGAUCUACGUGGACCGGCAGCUGCACAACAGACAGAUCUACCCCCCCAUAAACGUGCUGCCCUCGCUGUCCCGCCUGAUGAAGUCGGCCAUCGGGGAGGGCAUGACCAGGAAGGACCACGGGGACGUCUCCAACCAGCUGUACGCCUGCUACGCCAUCGGGAAGGACGUGCAGGCGAUGAAGGCCGUGGUGGGCGAGGAAGCGCUCUCGGCCGACGACCUGCUCUACCUGGAGUUCCUGCAGAAGUUCGAGAAGCAGUUCAUCGCCCAGGGCGCCUACGAGAACCGGAGCAUCUUCGAGUCCCUGGACAUCGGCUGGCAGCUGCUGCGCAUCUUCCCCAAGCAGCUGCUGAAGCGCAUCCCCGAGAGCAUCCUGGCCGAGUACUACCCGCGCGAGGCCAAGGCGCCCGCCCCGCAGCCCGCCGCCACCGCGCUCUGACCCCGGCGCCGCCGAGGACGAAGGUCCGUGUGAGCCGCGCUGCUCCCGGAGCCGUUCGGUCGGGGCUUCCCACGGGCCGGUCCUUUCCGGGGAUGCAAAGGGACGUGGUGGUCCGGAGCACCCGGCGGCUGCCUCUGCCGAACCGCCUCGGCCCUGUGCACGAGCAGCACCGGCAUCCCCAAACGGCCAGAGACCCUCGUCCUUAUGCAAUAAAAACAGCGUGAUCCG